UCCAAUCCCAAUUGAAACCGGCUGAUUAAGAAAGCCAGCAUAACGGCUGGCUCCGUUCCGCGCUGGUGUGAUGCGGGCAGAAUUUAUUAUUCGCCGCCCCAAAUAAUCUCUUGAUUUCCCGAUUGUGGUCCCCUCCCCCCUUCCACCUCUUUUCUCUCCCUCUCCAACACACCUCUCCUCCCUCUCUCACGCCCAUCAUGGAUAUUAUCCUGGAACUCUGGGACACCUUUAUUGGUGAUCGCCUCUACUCGAGCCUUCUCCCGACCUCCAUCUCCUCCUCCGUCGGCCUCCCGGCCUUUGUCAAUGCGGCCAACAGCACGCUGUCCCUCUUUGGCGCCGCGGAGCCCUUCAUCUAUGAGCCGGCAACACAAUUCAUUCAUCUGGAGCCUUCCAAAUAUGCCUAUCUCAGUGCCUGGCCUCGGAAUAAUAUCUACCGCCAAUUCACUAGCUUUUUCCUCAUCACAUGGAUCUUCGGUCUUCUCGUAUACUUCAUCGUCGCAACCGCCUCGUACAUCUUCAUCUGGGACAAAACCACCUUCAACCACCCUAAAUUCCUCAAGGGCCAAAUUCCCUUGGAAAUCAAGCAGGCCAUGUCCGCCAUGCCCCCAAUGGCCCUCCUGACCGCACCCUUCUUCGUUCUCGAGGUCCGGGGCUAUGCCAAGCUCUACGAUACCGUUGCCGAGGAGCCUUUCCCCUACUACAGCAUCCUUCAAUUCCCCAUCUUCAUCUUCUUCACCGAUUUCUUCAUCUACUGGAUUCACCGAGGCCUGCACCACCCGCGCGUCUACCGCACUCUCCACAAGCCUCAUCACAAGUGGAUCAUGCCUUCUCCUUUCGCGUCGCACGCCUUCCACCCUCUCGACGGUUGGUCCCAGAGUGUGCCCUACCACGUUUUCCCCUUUAUCUUCCCGCUGCAGAAGGUCGCCUACGUCUUCCUCUUCGGUUUCAUCAACUUGUGGACCGUCUUCAUUCAUGAUGGAGAAUACGUCGCGAACAGCCCCAUCGUCAACGGUGCCGCUUGCCACACCAUGCACCACCUUUACUUCAACUACAACUACGGCCAGUUCACUACCCUGUGGGACCGUCUGGGUGGUAGCUAUCGCAAGCCCAAUGAGGAGCUGUUCCGUCGUGAGACUAAGAUGAGUGAGAAGGAGUGGUCGCGCCAGUCCAAGGAGAUGGAGACUAUUCUCAAGGAUGUCGAGGGUGAUGACGACCGCACCUACUCUGCUUCCACUCAGUCGAAGAAGAACCUAUGAGGGAGAAGUCCUCUUUUUGUCUUUGACCUCUUCUUUUUAUAUUUUAGAGCGCAGUGACCUGCACAUGCCACGAGUCGAGCGUGGUCUCUGAUUCUCGAGGACCGUCCUUGGGGACUCCCUUGAACGUUUUGCUGUCUCGGUGAUCCCGAUCAGUGCCCAGCCAUUUUCCCACCCUCUUUCCUGUUAGAACACUACCAUUAAUCAUGCGCCGUGCACAUCCCCAU